CAUUUUCAGGCGGUCACUCCACCCUUUCCAUUUCCAUCUCUCUCUUCUGCGUUUGUCAGCUUGAGAACUCCGCAGGGCUUUCUUCAUUUUCUUUCUGUAAGAGGAUUAAAAGGAAGGAAGAAAGAGAUGGAGGGUGCGCAAAAAGAAGGGAUUCCUCUGUACGGAGGCAAGUAUAUACAGUACAACAUUCUGGGUAAUCUCUUUGAAGUCUCCGCCAAGUAUGCUCCUCCUAUUCACCCAGUCGGUCGCGGUGCUUAUGGCAUCGUUUGCUGUGCAACAAACUCUGAGACAAAGGAAGAAGUUGCAAUCAAGAAGAUUGGGAAUGCAUUUGACAAUAGGAUUGAUGCGAAGAGGACGCUUCGAGAGGAACUCCUUUGCCAUAUGGAUCAUGACAAUGUUAUCAAAAUUAAGGACAUCAUAAGGCCGGCAGAUAGGGAAAAGUUCAAUGAUGUUUACAUUGUGUAUGAAUUGAUGGACACUGACUUGAAUCAGAUAAUAAACUCCGGCCAGGCCUUGAUAGAUGAUCACUGUCAAUAUUUCCUGUAUCAAUUACUGCGAGGAUUGAAGUACAUACACUCUGCAAAUGUUUUGCACCGCGAUCUGAAACCAAGCAACCUGCUUCUCAGUGCAAAUUGUGACCUUAAGAUUUGUGACUUUGGGCUUGCAAGAACUACAUCAGAGACAGAUUUCAUGACAGAAUAUGUUGUAACUCGUUGGUAUCGAGCCCCUGAGUUACUACUCAACUGUUCAGAAUACACUGGAGCAAUUGAUAUUUGGUCAGUAGGGUGCAUCGUCAUGGAGAUUCUUAGGAGGGAACCACUGUUUCCCGGUAAAGACUAUGUUCAGCAGUUGAGUCUUAUAAAUGAGCUCCUAGGUUCACCAGAUGAAUCAGAUCUUGGCUUUUUAAGAAGUGAUAAUGCUAGGAAGUAUGUUAAGCAGCUCCCACAUGUCCCGAAGCAACCCUUUGCCGAGAAAUUCCCAAAUGUCUCGCCACUGGCAAUUGAUCUUGCAGAAAGAAUGCUAGUUUUUGAUCCAAGCAAACGUAUUACUGUGGAGGAAGCACUGAAUCAUCCGUUUUUAUCAAGUCUUCACGAGAUCAAUGAGGAACCUAUUUGCCCAUCUCCAUUCGUCUUUGACUUUGAGCAGGCAUCGCUGGAUGAAGAAGAUAUAAAGGAGCUUAUAUGGAGGGAGUCACUACGCUUCAAUCCGGAUAAUAUGUUGGGAUAAUUUUCUCAACUGUGGCCUGUAUUCUCCUUCUGUUGUGUUUUCACUGACCAGCAUCGUGUUUGAAGGAUGCUUUUGGUAAUGGAAGGUUGGUAAUGUAUCUCAUAUGUUUGAGAUUCUAUAUGAGAAGGUCAACUAGGGAGAUGGGGUUCUCCUUCGCAUUGAGAGGAUGAAACGACAGUUUGUUAACAAGAGUGGUAUCGUUGUGUGAAGCGUCUGUAAUCUGGAUUCAUUCAACCUAAGAAUCUAGUAAGAGUUGAGGGUUGGUGUGUAGAAGAGAUGGCUUCGUUCUCCCGGCCUUCGUUGGUUUUCGAUGUGUUUUUAUAUUGUAAAAUCCAAUAUGAUUCAACAGUUUUAACCAAACGAAAGUGAAAGUAAAGGAUAUACCAGUUUGUUUUCA